UGGUGAUUUACCUCCACUGUCAGAAGGAACGGAAGAAAAAAAAAGUGUUAGCUGCUUGCUGUAUUCAAUGCAUACAUCCGACAAGCACGCUCCUUGGCUCCUGGUAUACCGUUCAGUCCCGUCCACCAAGAAGUCUUUCAAGCCAUGUUCGAUCAAGCUUUCGAGCAAUUGGCAGCAUCUACUGGUACGCCAGUAGAUUAUGUCAAGCUCUUUUCGCUUUUCCUCGUGUCCUAUCCAUUGGCAAUCCCUUUGGCAUACUUACCUGCACGAGUCAAGCAUACCGUCAAUAUCAGCGUGACAACGUUCUAUCUAUAUGGAAUCUUGCAACUCAAGCUCAGUUACCUGCAGGUUUUGGCCAAUUGUUUGAUCACAUACUACAUCACCAAUGCCAAUGUAGGAGGUGCGAAGAAUAUGCCAUGGAUCGUGUUCAUCUUUCAAAUGGGUCAUUUAACCAUCAAUCAUCUGGUAAGAGCGUUUGGCAACAUUCCUCUAACCACGAUCGAAAUCACUGCAAUGCAAAUGGUUCUUUGUAUGAACUUAACAAGUUUCGCUUGGAGCGUUCAUGAUGGAAAGAAUCGCAAUUUGGAAGAAUGUGACGAACAGCAAAAAUCACACAGAAUUACCGAAUUUCCUGAGUUGCUUGAAUUCUUGGGAUAUGCAUUCUACUUUCCCGGUGUCUUGGUCGGACCAUCUUCUCGCUUUACCGAUUACAGAGCAUGGGCUAGCGGAGAUCUGUACAAGACUAAAGACAAGCUUCCUCCGUCUGGACGUUUCGUAGCCGGGUUGACAGAGCUGACACUGGGAUUAGCAUUCAUGGGAUUUUGGUCAGUCUUUACGCCAAAGUACUACUAUGAUGCACUUCUGCUGCCAGCGAACGAUCCAGAGAGUGCAUUGCGAUUGAGUCCAUUAGCCCGUAUCUGGUAUGUGACCAUCGUCGGUAUCACUGCUCGUACAAAGUACUACGGUAUUUGGAACUUGACGAACGGUGCAUGCAUCAUUUCUGGUCUUUCCUACAAUGGCAUCGCAAAGGAUGGACAAAGUUCAAAAUGGGAUCGAUGCAAGAACAUCAAUGUGAGCGGAGUGGAAUUUGCCAAUAAUUGGAAAGAACUUUUGGAUAAUUGGAAUAUGAACACGAAUGUCUGGCUAAGGAACAAUGUCUACAAACGUGUUGCUCGUCCCGGAAAGAAGCCUGGAUUCAAGAGUACGAUGAUGACUUUCCUUACCAGUGCAUUCUGGCAUGGCGUUGCUCCCGGAUACUACUUUACCUUUGUUUUGGGAGGUUUGUUGCAAUCGGUUGGAAAAUCAAUGCGUGCACAUCUUCGUCCGUUUGUGUUCGCUAAUGUACGCACACCCAACCCAACUUACUCAAGUGUGACAAAAUACACGCCCAAACAAUUGAUCUACUGUACCCUUUCUGUGGUCUUUGUUCAAUUGACCAUGAACUUUGCCGCAAUGCCUUUCAUGCUUUUGGAAGUCGGAAAGAGUUGGGCAGGAUGGAAACAUCUAUACUUUUAUGGUAUCGUUGCUGCUAUUGCGCCUAUGAUCGCUUUCCGAGCAGGACUCGGUCGUGCUUUAGACAACCUCUCUGGCGUUACUGCAACCAAGAAGCGUGAGAGACAAGAGCGUGAAAAGAUGGCAAGUCCAAGCAACGGUAAUUUGCAAGUGCCAAACGUUGAUGCUGUGGAAAGAGAGGCAAUCAAAGCAGGUCAAGAAGCAAAAGAAUCGAUUGAAGGUACAAUCGAAAAACACACAAAUUAAAAAAGAGUAGGGAAAGUCAAGGAUACCUAUAAAGAAGAGUCCCGACAGACUAACUAUAAUGUCAGAUUAAUAACAGAAGAAACCUUAAUACCAUAGACAU